UGGGCGGCUCCUCCUGCUUCCUGUGUCGGGUUAUGUGCGCUCGGCCCCCGUGUGGUUGUGUCCUGUGUUGUUGUUGCACGGUGUGUCAUGUCGUCUCCUCCUCUCCUCAGCCCUCUGCUCGGGGUCUCCCCGGCUCUCCUCCUCCCCCGGGACCAGCCGCCCCGAGCCUGGAGCCCCCGGGACAAGUGCAGCUACCUGGGCCUGUCCCACGGCAACCUGCGAGUCCACUACAAAGGCCAUGGAAAAACCUCCAGAGAUGCCGCUUCUGUACGUGCCACACAUCCCAUUCCAGCCGCAUGUGGAAUAUAUUACUUUGAAGUAAAAAUUAUCAGUAAAGGAAGAGAUGGCUACAUGGGGAUUGGCCUCUCUACACAGGGUGUCAACCUGAACAGGCUACCAGGUUGGGAUAAGCAUUCUUACGGCUAUCAUGGAGAUGAUGGGCAUUCAUUCUGUUCCUCUGGAACUGGACAGCCAUAUGGGCCAACAUUCACAACUGGUGACGUCAUCGGCUGCUGUGUGAACCUUAUUGACAAUACAUGUUUCUACACCAAGAAUGGUCAUAGCUUAGGUAUUGCUUUUACAGACCUGCCGCCAAAUUUAUAUCCAACAGUUGGGCUGCAAACACCAGGGGAAGUUGUUGAUGCAAACUUUGGUCAGAGUCCUUUUGUAUUUGACAUAGAAGAUUAUAUACGGGAGUGGAGAACGAAAAUUCAAGCGCAAAUUGAAAGGUUUCCUGUGGGAGGAGAAUGGCAGUCUGUAAUUCAGAGGAUGGUGUCUUCAUACUUGGUGCAUCACGGAUACUGUUCAACUGCCGAAGCCUUUGCCAAAUCUACCGACCAGACAGUGCAGGAAGAACUAGCUUCCAUAAAAAAUAGACAAAGAAUUCAGAAAUUGGUGCUAGCUGGAAGAAUGGGAGAAGCUAUUGAAACAACACAACAGUUAUAUCCAAGUUUGCUAGAACGGAACCCUAAUCUUUUCUUCACAUUAAAGGUGCGACAAUUUAUAGAAAUGGUAAAUGGUACAGACAGUGAAGUAAGAUGUCUGGGAGGACGGAGUCCCAAAUCUCAGGAUAGUUAUUCAGUUCCUGAUAGCAAUUGCAGUAAUGGCUUGAUAUCAAAUAAAGCUCAUCAGUCCAACUGUCGUAUUAAGCACCAGCCUUCUAGCCUCAAUGUAACUGAACUAAACAGCAUAAACAUGACCAUAUCACAGCAGAUUAACAGCUAUACCAGUGAUGUAGAUAUGGAGACCGACCAUUUUUCGAAUGGUUUUGCAGCAACCUCAUCCAAUGGCUUUCUAAACGGCAGCUCAAAGAACGAACAUCCUUUGGAAUGUGACACUGAAAUGGAAGUUGACACGUCCCAAGUCAGACGGCAGCUGUGUGGAGGGAGCCAGGCUGCAGUUGAACGAAUGAUCUGUUUUGGGAGAGAGCUACAGGCUAUGAGUGAGCAACUAAGAAGAGAACGCGGGAAAAACUCUACAAAUAAAAACAUGCUAAAGGAUGCAUUUAGUUUACUUGCAUAUUCUGAUCCUUGGAAUAGCCCAGUUGGCUACCAGCUUGAUCCAAUACAGAGAGAGCAUGUUUGCUCAUCUCUUAACAGUGCAAUUCUAGACAUACACAACCUGCCAAAGCAGCCACCCCUCUCGCUGGCGUUGGAACAGGCCGCCCAAUGCUUAGAGGUGAUGGCGCAGUCCGGCAUUGCUUCCUGUGCGUUUGCCAGAGUCGGCGAUUAUUUACACUAGCUAUGCAGUACAUAACUUGAGUGUUAAUACAACAUUGAUUGAGAAUGGGAAUACUAGAUCUGCUCUAAUUCUUUGAAAUUCUGUUUGUUCCAACCCUGUCUGCCAUGGUGGAUUGUAGGCUGUUGCUUUGCUGUGCAUCACACCACUGUCUGGCAGUAAUAAGGUUAAUUAUAACUUUUGUAACUAGCAUGUCUUUAUUGUUGACUUUCAUUUUGCUUUAAGGUUUUGUUUAUUUGGUAAGAGGAUAUUUGUUCUGUAAUCUGGUAUGACAUACCAGAAAUAACUUGAUUUGGCUAUAAUAAGUAGAGAUAGCCUUUUCCAAUGAGUUACAUGUGGAAGAGGGUAAUACUUAUUAAGAGACCUUUGAUGUUGCUAGUACGUAAACAAAAAUAACAUUAAAAAGAACCUUGGGGAAUGGCAUUAUGUUUAAUUUUUCUUUUUAGGUAUUUUAUUUUGUUUUUUAUUUUAGGGGGUCCUUAGGGAGCACGUUUAAACUGCCCUGUUGGAAGAGACAAAUCCAGCCAAUGAAAAUGUAAAGAUGUUCUAAUACAAGUACUGGUAGUCAUAUUCCAUUUACUAAAAUAUCCAGACUCCACAGUAAAUCUCAUUGGCUGAAGUAUAACUAUUGUGAACCUUCUCACACUGUGAUCACAGACUGAAUAGCACUUUCUUUCAGUGUGAUUGAUGUAUGUUCAUUUAGCAUGUCUGAUAGGUAAACAUCAACCAUAAAUGCUUCUGGUUAUCCCGUUGCCCCACAGCUGGAUUGGGGACAAAUCUGUUACCAUUCAACUCACGUUAGGCUACAAUUCUUUUGAGCCUUCUAGUGACUAAGGGUAAUUGAAUUACAAGCCUUACUGAGUGCAUCAUCUAUAGGUAGGACGUUUACGUUGAUAGCAGAAUCUAAGUCUAUAUUCUGGAAGACUUGAAAUGUAUCAGUGCAGAAUAUUUUUUGCAAACCAGACCACGUCUGCUGUGUUUUUGGUACAGCCAGCUUCAGCAUUUUCCCCCAGUGGGCUGUGUCAGUGAUUUUAUCCAUUGUGUAACAACAUUUCUGUGACAUAUCAGCACUGCAGGCCUGUAUAAUAUGAUGUGAAACACUGUUCUCUGCAAUACAACAGGAUGGUGUCACAAUAUAUUCAGCAAGGAAUCAGUGUGUGUUUAACCCUUUAUUUAUAGGAAAUAACCAAAUAUUUAGUCAAUUUACAUGUAUCUUAUUUUCAUUUCUACACUUUAAUUUUUAAGUGCUAAAAUAAAAAAAAAUAAAAAAUGUAACUGUACUUAAAUUAAUCAUCCAAUAAAAAAACGUUAUUCUGGAUGGA